AUAGCCAGUAGUAAAGUACUCCAUCAAUUUUUCAGACACACCCCAAACUUAAAUUCAAAAAUUAAAUUCAAAUUCACCCUGGAGAAUUUUCCAAUUCUAAUGGAUGAGCUCAGCCACAUCUUUUCUGCUUCACAUGCUGAAGGGCUUCUCCUCGAGUAUUACAGAGAUCUUCUCCUUGUCAUCACCGCGCAGAAACCCCAUGGUAGCCUUGAUAUCAAGAUAAAGCAACAUUAUACCCCAGAAAGGAAGGAUUAAAAAUAAAAGGCAGCACAAAAAAUGGAAAAAUUUUGGCCACUAAAUGUUUCACAAUUAGCUCCAGAAAUAGAUACUGAAAGGAGCCAAUGUACCAGACAAGAGGAGUUAAUCAAAUCCCAGACCUCAU